AUGGAAAACUAUGAUGUCAGUGUGAUUUACUUGUUCCAAAAGAGAAUGGCUGGGAUUUCCCACAGAGCUGAAAGGCAGACAAGUGCCUUUAAAAAGUCCACCUUGUCGGUUGAACAAGUUCACAAGAUGGAUCACCAACAGUAUCAACGUCUGUUAAAGAUGUGCGUGCCUAUUGUGAGAGUUCCUGAGAACAGACAUGGCUUUGCCAGCUUUGAAGAGAAAAACAGUAAUCUUAAACUAAAUCCAUUCACCCCUCCAGUAGGGCUGAAUUACCCUUUAUUCCCACACCAGGAUGAUGGGCCUCUAGUAGAUCCCUGCUCAGGCUUUAUGAGCCCGGGAGUAGGUGCUGACCUGCAGCGCAAUGUUGGAAGACCUAUUGAAUCCCUGGUAGAGUACAGUGAUGUCCCCAGUCACAGAAAGAGGGGCCAGCCUGCCCACAGGAGGCAGGUGAUCCUCCUGGAGAAAACCAGCCAAGACAGGAGGUGGAAGACCAGGGCUGUGUCAGCUGCCUUCUGUCAGGGCAUGACUCAGAGUAGAAAGCCCUUUCUUUCAGGCUGGAGAACUCCAGUGAAAGUUGCUCCUGCUCUACCUGACCAAAACCGUAUUUUUGCAUUUUGUAUGGAUCCCAAUCUCAAGGAAUCAAGUGAUCCUUCUGCAAGAUAGACAAAAGAAAAAGCAAGGCACUAUUUCUACAAGUCAAAUACUAAGAGAGUUUAUGAAGAAGCUGCUUGAGAUAAUAUGCUACCUUCCAGCCUCCAGAAUCGAGUGGAAGUGUUGGAUGAUCCUACUUCCCAAUGUUUCACAAAAAGGAGAUACAAUCCUGAACCUGAAAUAAGCCAAGUUGUUGGAGGCUUCUGGGACAGAUUUCAGAUGAGAUCUUUUACCUCUCAACAGAGACCUGUUGAUUUUGUAAGCCGAAGCUCUCAAAUCUGUCAUAUCUCUUUGUAUAAUGACUGUGUUGGUGCAGUAAAUUUUGAAGACAUUGACAAUGCCAAUGUAGACAUAAUCCCACUUAACCAUGUGUGACCUUCAAAGCCUCACUACACAAGCACUGUAAACCCUCCAGAUAUCCGUGGAUAUGCUGGCAAGGUUCAUUGGUCAGCAACUCACGCAGCAAAUUCUAAUCUUCCAUCAACAACCCCAUCAGUGAUUCCACAAAUACAUGGAUACAUAGAAAAACAUGGAAGCUCAUCUCAAUAUAAUCACUAUGGAUCUUUUUCUCAAGUGAUGACUCUAGUUAGUCAGGAUUCUUUCAACAAGACAGAAUAAGAAACUACUACAGUUUAG